UUUCUCAUCCUCUCCCACAAUUACAACAGGUAAACCUUUUCACUUUCAGUGUUUAUCAUUGGAACCUGAUAGUUUUCCCAGAUUGUUUUAAUUUCCUUUGAUAUAAUUAAUACAAUCAACAGUUUGAGACUUUGUUUUUGAACGUGUUGGUUAAAUUGAUUGUUCAUUUUGACCUUAAUCAAUAAUUGUAACAAUUAAGUCAAGAAGUGGAUAAGGUUCAAUAUCCGGUGUGUCAAUAAUUCAUCCCAAUCUGUACAUCAAUCGAUAAAUUGUUAAUUAAGAAUCACUUUUAGUUUUUAUUUUACUCUUUUCGGACAAUUAACAAUUUGAUUAUUCAUCAAGAAAUGUAUCUGAUUAAUUCGUGAUAAUGAACCCAAUUGAUCAAUCACCAAAUCAAGUUCCAAUUCUGAAUCAGUCUCCCCCGUCGAUUGAUUCAAGUACCGGUUCCGUUUCAACUGAUUCUAAUGUAGCGACAAUAUCGACCUCUAAUUUUGUCGCAACUGAUGCGACGGAAAAUGUUUCGAUGUCAUCAUCAUCUUCAUCUUCAUCUUCAUCAUCGAUUGUCUCUUCAUCUUUAGAUUCUAAUGCUAAUAGUAAAGUUGUCUCUUCGAUUGAUUCCUCACUUUCUCAUCCAUCGGUCUCACCGAACACCAAUAGUAGCGCUCAUCCAACGAUAAUCGGCUCAUCUUUGUCCACUUUUCCAUCGGUCACUUACUUGACCUCUUCUCGAUGGUUAACCUCCCCUUACGCUGCUUGGAUCUUAUCGGUAACUGGAUUUAUGAUUAUUGUCCUUCUCUUUACCCUCGUUUAUCAGCGAGUCCGAAAACGUAAUCGUAAACUACGUGAAUUGCGACACUUGACCCCGGAAGCAUCACUUUCACCUUUUGGUUCAAAUUCUCGUUCGACCCUUGCCCUUGGAAUAAAACCUUCCCAUUCAAUUGAAUUCGUGGUUCCAACCAUAACUGUACCCGGAACUUUAUCAUGUUCAUCUUUCGAUGAUUCAUUUACAGAUUCUGAUUGUCUUCCUUUCACUUCAGGUUCCGAUCGAGAGUAUCUAUCAUCAACUUCCGGUAGAUCACCUCGAAAACGGCACAACACUGGACAAAACUAUUCCCUCUCUCCAUACGACAUUCAACCUCCCCUUUAUGGUUCAAAGGGUGCAACUGGUAUGUGUAAUUAUGGUCUAGUCUCAGGACCACUUCCGGGUUCAGGUUCAGAUAAAUGGAUCGGUCGAGUUGUCUUCGUCCUUCACUAUAAUCUAAAUCGACAGCGAUUAUUGGUAACCUUACUUUCGGCCUCUGAUCUUCCCAAUAGUGAGAAACGAUCGCACCUUAAUCCAUCAGCUAAAUUAACACUAUUACCCUUUAAUGAUCCUAAAUUUUUGACCAAAGUCCACAAGAACACCCGUAAUCCGGUUUUCAAUGAACUUUUCGUUUUCCCUGCUCGAAAGGACAAUUUAGAUGAGAUCCAAUUAAAGAUCACUAUUGUUGAUAAUGAUCGAUUCUCGAGGAAAUAUUUUAUCGGUCAAUGUGUUUAUAAUUUGACCCAAUCGGGAAUACAAAAUGGCCUCAGUUCCGACGUAAUCACCGAUGAAAUAAUUUGCACUCUAUCAACGGAAAAAACCGCAACUUCACCCGGUGAAUUACAAGUUUCGUUAUGUUAUCGAGCCUCUGAAGCGACAUUGACACUGAUCGUUAUGAAGGCUCGAGGAUUAGCCGUUAAAGAUGUGACCUCAGUUUAUCCAAAAGUUUCCCUGUUUUUGGGCAAAAAAAGGAUUGGAAGCAAAAAGAGUCCAAUACGAAAAGCUUAUUCCUCGAUUGAGUUUAACGACAGUUUCCAUGUCCAUAUCAAAGACACUGCGAUCGACAAUGUGAACAUUGUAAUCACCUUAGUUGGUCGAACCUCAAUUGGCCUGAACACGAGACACAAUUUCGGUAAAAUUUGUCUUGGCGAUUGUAACUCUUCCGGUGGUGCAAUUCAUUGGACUGAGAUGAUUAAAUCGAGUCCAAAUCCGAUUGUUAAAUGGCACUCGCUUAACAGGAACGUCUAAAUCUCAAUUAGGGAUUAACAGAUUAGCAGAUUAAACAACAAGAAAGAUUAACAAACUAUUCAAUUUAAGAGAAAAGAAAAAGCUAUUUUCACAUUUCUUAUUGUCCUUUAAUUUACUGUAAUUAAAUCAUCUUCUAAUUAACUCGAA